CUCCCACCGCCAGGCGGCGCCAGUGUGGACACUCCUGCCCCCACCGACGCGUGACCGGACGCUCCCCCCGCAAGUGUCGCGCGCAGGUGACGCAGUACGCCGUUGCCGCGGCAGGGAAAGGGAGGCCGCGGGGAGCGGCGCUGCCGGAGUGCCAUGGAGGCCGCAGCCAAAGGGGGCUUCGUCCUUAGCAACCUGGCCGAGGUGGUCGAGCGCGUUCUCGGCUUCCUGCCCACCAAAGCGCUGCUGCGUGCUGCCUGCGUGUGCCGGCUGUGGAGGGAGUGCGCCCGGCGGAUCCUGCGGGCGCGGCAGCGCGUCGCCUGGGUGUCGGCGCUGGAGCCGGGCCCCGCCGACAGCCACGCACUGGUGCGCGCCAUGGCCCGCGAGCUGGAGAAGGUGCACGUGUUGCCGCAGACCGUGCUGUACAUAGCUGAUGCGGAGACGUUCAGCGGGCACCAGGAGUGCCACGAGCAGAAGAGAGCCAGGAAAAGAAACAGUAAAGAAACCGCAAUUGCCCUGGAAAAAUUGUUGCCGAAGCGGUGUCAGGUUCUUGGAUUGGUCACCCCAGGGAUUGUAGUUACACCUAUGGGUUCAAGCAGCAAUCAACCUCAAGAAAUUGAAGAGGGCGAAGCUGGGUUUGCUCUGUUGUUUCCCAAAAUUGAUGGGGUGAAAAUUCAUACUUUCCAUUUUUCUAAAGACUCGAGGAACAGGAUCUUUGAUGAAAGUAAAUUUGCUGAAGCAGGUCUGAAGAAUAACCCAGAUCUCCGAGUGGUUCUGCUGUUUGGCUACAACUCCUGGAAGUCUGGAGCAACUCGAUUUCUUCACCAAAUAGUCAAUCCUUUGAAUGAGAAGAGUAUCAUCCUGGCUGGGGGACAAGUGGAGAGCUUUACAUCACUCACCUCUGAGAACAGCAAUGCCCAGCCUGGUGAUGCCUGUGGUGUGGUUGGGCUGGCUUUUAGCGGUCCCCAGAUUCAGAGUGCCACUGUUCUGUUGGAUCAGGAUGUCGCUGAUGAGAGGACAGCAGAAGCCGCCAUGCAGCGUCUCAAAGCAGCAAACAUCCCUGAGCACAACACUAUCGGCUUCAUGUUCGCCUGUGUUGGCAGAGGGUACCGCCAUUACAAAACCAAAAGGAAUAUGGAAGCAGAUGCAUUUAGGAAGUUUUUUCCAAGUGUUCCCCUCUUUGGCUUUUUUGGACAUGGGGAAAUAGGAUGCGACCGAAUAGUUACUGGGAAUUUUGUAUUAAGAGAAUGUAAUGACAUCAAGGAUGACCUGCUUCAUGGUUAUACUACAGUUAUGACUCUUAUUCAUCUUGGCUCAACUAAAGUGAGCCAAGUGUAAAUAUGUUUUUAAUGCUUUAGUGAGCUGUUUCUUUCAUUCCAGAAAGCUGAGAAGUCUGGAAGAGUGGGCACCUUGCAGCUAAAGCCCUUUCCAAAAUGUGAACAUCAUUUUGGUGAUAUUACUGAACCUUGUAGUUGGAAUAGAGUUUAACACCGUAGCAGUGAGAAAGCUUUGCCUUCCGUGUAACUCCCUCUCUGUGUCGGAAUUGCAGGUAAAUGAUAACUUGAUGGAAUUCUGCAAUUGGAAGAAAGUCUCUCUAUUCUAAAUUGGGAAUGGUUUGCACAAAUGGCAGUUGGAGUCCAAAUAUCAAUGUGUAGAAGGAAACAGUACUUAAGUGUGUUCUAUUUAUGUAUGUAAAACAGUCUAGAAGAACUACUGCAUAAAAUCCACCAUUGCCUGGAUUUUAUUUCAAGAGAGGUAAUGCAACCUGCCAGAUCUGUGUGCUAUUUACAGAGCUGAAUGGUUUUACUAGAUAAUAUGAAUGAAAGUCUUUAGAGAAAAAUAUCCAAGUCAUUAUUAAAUAAAGAUGAAAGUAUAUUG